AUGGACGUGUGGGGCCCAGCCUAUGUCCGUGGGCAGGACCAGGAGCGCCACUUCCUCCUGGUUGUUGACGACUACACGCGCUACACCACGGUCUUCCCCUUGCUGAGCAAAGCGGAUGUCCGCGGUGUUUUAAUCCCCUGGAUCACCGCUGUUCGUCAAAAGAUGAGAGCGCGGUUUCAGCAGGACCUCCAGGUCCUGCGGCUGCACUCUGACAGAGGCGGUGAGUUCUCCUCCCGCCUCAUUGAGGGUUUUCGUCGCGCCGAAGGCAUCGUCAAGUCGUUCACAAUUUCGGAUUCUCCACAGCAGAAUGGGAUUGCUGAGCGCCGCAUUGGCCUGAUCAUAAAGGUUGCUCGCACCUACAUGAUCCAUGCGGCUGCUCCCCAUUUUCUGUGGCCGUUUGUGGUCCGAUACGCUGCGCAUCAGCUCAACCUCUGGCCCCGUGUCUCCAUGCCGGAGACCUCGCCCACACUGCGUUGGAUGGGGGAGGUUGGCGAUGCAUCGGCAUUUCGGGUCUGGGGCGCGCUCUCCCUUGUCCACGAUACCACCGCGGGCAAGCUCUCUCCUCGCACUCUCCGCUGCAUCUUCCUUGGCUUCCCCACUGACGCCCCGCCCUGGCAGUUUUACCACCCUACCUCGCGCCGGGUCUUGUCCUCACAGGACCCUUUGGAGAUCUCCUCUGACCCCUCUGGCCCACCUGAGGGGGGUGACGCUGCUGACGGCAUGGCGACCACUCGCCGCUCCCCGCGCUUGGAAACCCCUCCUGGUUUUCUGCCUCGGCCGUCUUCGCCGCCUCCGCAGCCUGUCGCUGUGGACUCUGGUGCUGCUGGGGAUAGUGACACUGGGGGUACCGGCUCUGGAGGUGCUGGUCCUGGGGUUGCUGAAUUUAGAGGUGCUGAGUCUGGGGGUGCUGGUUCUGGGGGUGCUGACUGUAGAGGUGCUGAGUCUGGGGGUGCUGGUUCUGGGGGUGCUGCAAGUCCGAGUGGUGGUGGAGCCGUUGGUGCUCCUACUGGAGCUGCUGGUGCUGGAGGUGCUGGAGCUGCUGAUGCUGGAGGUACUAGCGCUGCUUGUGCUGGAGGUGCUAGAGCUGCUGGUACUAGAGGUACUGGAGCUAGGGGUGCUGGAGGUACUGGAGCUAUUGGUCCUGAAGGUGCUGGAGCUGCUGGUGCUGGAGGUACUGGAGCUGCUGGUGCUGGAGGUGCUGGAGCUGCUGGUGCUGGAGGUGCUGGAGGUACUGGAGCUGGAGGUGCUGGAGGUGCUGGAGGUACUGGAGCUGCUGGAGGUGCUGGAGGUGCUGGAGCUGCUGGAGGUACUGGAGCUGCUGGUGCUGGAGGUACUGGAGCUGGAGGUGCUGGAGGUAUUGGAGGUGUUGGAGCUUGUGGUACUGGAGGUGCUGGAGACAUGCAGAUUAUGUGA